AUGCCGUUUGGGGAGAUAACCAUUACUCCAGAUGAUGUGAGGAAGAUUCUUAAUCUCAAUGACCAUGGUGUAGCUAUCAAGUAUAACUACAUAAAGCAGUUAAAUUGGGAACAACUUUAUGAUUUGUGUAAAAAGUGUUUUGGUUGGGAUAAAGAGACAUCGGACAUUGAGUUCAACAUGUGCUUUUCUUACAAAACUAGACAGUUUAUCAUGAGUCAGUUGAUCAAGAUGUUCAAAGGCACUGCCGAGAAAGAAAAUCAAGGACCGUUAAGUGAUGCCGAAGUGGAUGUCGCGGCCACUGCCUAUCUCUUAUGUGUAUUGGGAUGUGUCAUUUUUCCCAAUGCUAGUGGCAACCGAGUAGAUGCUAACCUUCUACAACUAUUGCAUUCUCUCAAUAAGUUAGCCUAUUACUCCUGGGGCACGACAUGCCUGGCAUUCUUAAUAGAGGAGUUGAGAAAGGCGUCGAGGCUUAGAACUAGCCAAAUUUCUGGGAAUGUGAGUCUAUUCCAGACAUGGAUCUAUGACCACUACCCUAGCAUGAAAUUGGCAGAUGUGAACACACAGUGUGAGAAAGGUACACCGAGAGGAACAAAGUACAAGUUCACAAAGAACCGUUCAAGGACAAAGGAGAAGCAAUUGGUUCAAUUGAAGGAGAAAUUAGACUCAACUAAGGCCUCAGAGGUAUGCUUUUAUCCAUACAAGGAAGACCGAGCUAGUGGACAUAUAGCGGGUCGUUCCGAGUUGUCCCAUUAUUUUGGACCGUUGUGGUAUCCCACAGGUUAUGUAAUGUACAAUGGCUCCAGGGUGAUGCGACAACAUGGUUAUGUACAAGGAGUACCAUGGAAUCACAUAAAUGGAAAGUUCAAAUUGGACGUGGAGCAUUCCCAGUCUAACCAGGACACCAUCAAGGUAAUUUACUAUGGUACACCAUAUGUUAUUGACCAUUGGGAUCAGAGGAUGUACCACUUGGUAAACACUGAGAGAGCUGUCAAUCGAGGUGAUGAAAAUGCUCCAGUCUAUAUGGAGUGGUACCGGCGUUAG